UCUUUUUUCUAUAAUGGUUUUCAACAUGAUGGCAUAUACACCUUUUUUUAAAUUAAUAAUAACUUAUUAAUUAAAAAUAAUCGAAGCAUAAUACUUUAAGAUAACAUGGAUGAUAUUCCAUAGUUUUUACUGUCUAAAUUUCUCAUUUUUAGCAAAAAUCGACAUACGUCCCUUUUUUAUAAUGGGUGCAAUUUAAUUAUCUAUAAAUGUUGUAUUUAGAAUCUGAAUAUGAAAGUACUAUACCAUCAGCAAAAGAACCAUUGGCUUACAUGUCUGGCGGUUAGUCUUAUUAAAUCCCAUGUUUCUUUGAAACCAUUUGCAAUGUGAUUUGUUUGCUGUAAACUAGGCUCAUCAUGUUAUUUUUUAUAUUUUAUGUUAUUCAAAAACUUCUUCAGUCAAUUUUAUAUUAUUAACUGAUUGACCUUUUUUUUCGGUCUUCGGCGUAUUCGAAGCAAGAUGGCCUGAUUUCAAUUUAUCAACUAAAGACACAUUUCCAACUUAUAUCCGCUUAAAUCCAGCUAAUCACGUAAUCCAAUAAUCUAAAUAUAAAAGCUAUUUCUCCUAAUUCUAUUUCUCCUAACUAAUUCUAUUUUUCCUAACUAAUUCUAUUUCUCCUAACUAAUUCUAUUUCUCCUAACUAAUUCUAUUCCGAAAACUCAAAUAUGUCUGAACUAUCAAUGGCAAAUAUCAAAUCCCUCCUAGAUAAUCAAAAAAUGAAAUUCUACUUGCUAUCAAUACAAAUCUGAUAAAAAUAACUAAUGGUAUUUCUGAACUGAAAGCUACAUAUGCUGAUAUUAAAACUACAGUAGCUAAGAACACAAAAGAUAUUACUGAACUACGUAAUCAACUCCUCGACUUAUCCAAAAAUAAUAAAUUACUUUUGGAAGAAAAUGAAAAAUUAAAAAAGGACUUAGAUGACCAGGUUAACAGAAACCUAAGGAAAACACUUAUAUUUAAAAAUAUCCCUUAUGAAAAUAAGAGUCCUGGAAUGACACAAAAAAUAUUGUGGCUAAUACUAUUGCCAAAGCAGCGAAUGUAGAUCCAAGAUCUAUUCACGAAAUGAUUGAACGCUGCCAUCGUGGAAAAGUUACUAACCGCCUUAAACCAAGUCAUGUUUUUUUUAAAUUUCACAGAUGGUCCGAUAGCGAACAUACUAAAAGAGUGUUUGCAAGACCCAUCAACAAUAUACGAGUUGAGCAGAUGUAUUCGAAAUCACUAACUUAUCGCCGCAAUGAAGCAAUGAAGGAACGUCGAAGGUUAAUUGAAGAAAAAUCAAUCGUAAGCACAUUCCUUGAAUAUCCAGCUGUAUUAAAGGUCAAAUAUAAGAAAUCCGACAAAUAUUCAACAACAAAAUCGUUCUAAACCUACGAAUAUCUAAAGGUUUAUUUUCUUAUUUAUUUUGUUAUUUAAUGUUAUUUAUUCAUGUUUACGCCGUAUAUAUUUAUUUAUUAGCGCACAGUUCUUUUUAUUUGUUUAUACUCAAUACGCAAUUUUGCGUACAUACAGUUAUAAAAAUUAUAAAAAAUUAUAUAAUAAAAAAAAAAAAAAAAAAAAAAAAUGUGCGUUUUAAGCAUAAAAAAAUUAACGACUUUUCAAUCUUAACAAAAAUGUGCGAUUAGUUGAUAAGUAUACUCAAGGUCAGAUUGCUUUCAAUCAAUUGUAAGAAAGCUCACUUACCGUGUUGUUUUUGUUUUUGUUUAUUAUUUAUUAUUAUUUUAAUAUUUACUUUUUUAAUACUAAUAUUAUUCAUCACUUUUCUUAAUCUUUAAUAGGCUGCUGCUACUUACGUUUAUAUUAAUAUUGUUACUUAUAUAUCUUAUCGCCAUAACCAUUCACCGUAAUGAAAACUACAAAUAGCAGAUGUGCUGUUUGCAAUGUAAAUGUCAAUAAAAAUCAGAAAGCUGUCUUUUGUGAUAGCUGCCUUAAUUGGGUCCACCUAAAAUGUAACAAUCUCAAUGAUAUUGAUUACCAAAUACUAAAAAAUUCCUCAAAAAAUUAUUCUUGGUUUUGUAUAAAUUGUUUAGUCAGUAUCUUUCCCUUCAAUAAAGAAACUAUAAUUGACAACGAAAAUCUUACUAAUGUUGACACCAAAGUAAAAGAGAUUUAUCAAGUAUCAGAUUUCCCUAUUUACUCAAUCUUUAACACAUUUAAUACACAUGUUGAUAACAAUAGCAAAUCCCAAAAUCUCCCAAUAAACAGUUAUUAUACUAAUGUUGAUGAUUUAAAAUCUAUUGCAGCUGACAAAUCCUCAUUCAAUGUAUUUCAUAUCAAUAUCUCAUCACUCUCGAAACAUUUUGACGACUUUGAAAAUCUACUCCAAUCAAUAAAACUUGAAUUUGACAUAAUUGGUUUAUCAGAAACCAGAUUGAAUAAAAACAGGCCUCAAACUAGCAACAUAACACUUAAUGGGUAUUCCCAUGAACACACACCAUCUGAAUCACAUGCAGGUGGUGCAUUAUUAUAUAUAAAUAAUAGGAUCGCCUAUAAACCCAGAAAUGAUCUCCUCAUCUAUAAACCAAAAGAGCUAGAAUCUAUCUUCAUUGAAAUCAUAAAUCCAAAAAAAUCAAAUAUUAUUGUUAGCUGUAUCUACAGGCAUCCAAAAAUGUCUUUGGACAACUUCUUAUCCUUCUAUCUUAAUCUUUUACUCAAAAACUUAACAAAAGAAAAUAAAACUAUAUUUAUUUUAGGAGAUUUUAGCAUUGAUUUGUUAAAAUGUGACACAGAUUUAUAUGCAAAAGACUUUUUAGACUCACUCACCUCAAAUUACAUUCUUCCUCACAUUAUCCACCCUACUCGUAUCUGUAAAACAUCAAAAAACAUUAAUUGACAAUAUCUUCUCAAAUAUUAAAUCAAAUAAAUAUAAAGCUGGGAAUCUUACCACCACUAUCUCAGAUCAUCUUCCCCAAUUUCUAAUAGCUUAUAAUGUUCUUAAACCACCACCUAGCAAAAAACUCCUAACCCAGGAAAGAAACUGGAAAAGUUUCAAUGAAGUAUCAUUUAAACACGAUUUUCACAAAACUAUUAUAGAUAAAGAAUCAAAAAUAUACCCUGAUAACUGUACUCAGUCUCUCGAGAAUACUAUCUCCAAUAUUAAUUUGUUGCUUGAUAUCCACGCGCCUUUUAGAAAGCUUAACAAAAAAAAAAAUUAAAUUCAAGACUAAACCAUGGAUAUCUGAUGAACUCAAGCACUCUUUACAGCACAAAAACAAGCUCUUCAAAAAAUAUAUUAGGUCUAAAAAUCAAACAAAUAAAACCAUAUUCCACAAUGAGUAUAAAAUAUUUCGUAUUAAACUCCAAUCUAAACUCAAAGAAAGCAAAAAAAAAUUCUUUGAUAAUUAUUUUACUGAAAACAUAAAAAAUAUAAAGGCAACCUGGAAAGGUAUCAAAAACAUCAUUAAUAUUAAAAGCAACUCUUACACAACUCCUAAUGUAAUCGUACAUAACAAUAUAACAAUAACAAACUCCUUUGAUAUUUGUAAUACAUUCAACAACUAUUUUACUGGCAUUGGUAGGGAUGUCCAGGCAACAAUUCCUUCAUCCAUGAACCAUUUAACAUAUUAUUUAUCAAAUCCUGCUCAAAAAUCUUUCUUUAUAAAACCUACUGACGAACAUGAAAUCUCAAAAAUUAUCAACUCUUUAGACUCAAAUAAAGCUUCUGGACCAAAUGGUCUACCAGUUAAAAUUCUAAAACUAUUAAAAACUGAACAUUCAAGAAUUCUUUCUAACAUUUUUAAUACCUCAUUCUCAAGCGGUAUUUUCCUAGAAAACUUAAAAACUGACAAAGUUAUACCUAUUUUUAAAAAUGAUUCAAAACUAAUAAUGUCAAACUAUAGGUCAAUUUCUCUCCUCUCCAACAUUGAUAAAAUUCUUGAAAGGCUAAUGUUUAACCGCUUAUACGAAUACUUUAAUAAAAAUAAACUGUUUUGUGAGCUACAAUUUGGUUUUUGAACAAACUACUCUACAUCACUUGCUUUACUAAGUCUAACAGAAAAAAUUAAAAAUUCUCUAGAUGAAGGAAUGUUUGGAUGUGGUAUUUUUAUUGAUCUUCAAAAAGCAUUUGACACUGUAGGUGUUGACAUUCUACUCUAUAAACUAUCCUACUAUGGUAUUAGAGGAGUUUCAAACUCCUGGUUUAAAUCUUUUCUAACUAAUAGAACUCAAUUAGUAUCUAUUGGUGGAGUGAACUCAAACUUAAACAAUAUCAAAGUAGGUGUUCCUCAGGGAUCUGUCCUUGGCCCUUUGCUGUUUCUUAUUUAUAUAAAUGACAUGUCUAAAGCAUUAAAAUUUUGUCGAGUCCAACACUUUGCAGAUGACACAAACCUUCUCUACUUUAACAAAAUCUGUAAAAAAAAUCAACAAAUAUGUUAACUAUGACCUUAAGAAACUAUGCAAUUGGCUUAAUGCAAUCAAAAUUUCCCUCAGCUCCAAAAAAACUGAUUUAAUAUUAUUUAAAAGUUCCCACAAAAAAUUAGACCAGCAGAUCAAAGUUAAAUUAAAUGGGAAAAAAAUUUGUUGUAAAAAAUUUGUUAACUACUUGGGUAUAAAGCUAGACGAAAACUUAAACUGGGCUUAUCAUUAUAACGAUAUCUCUAAUAAGUUGAAUAGAUCCCUUGCCAUUCUAUCAAAGACGUUUUAUUAAACAAAAAACUUUAAAAUCUAUUUACUAUGCUUUAUUUCACUUCUACCUCACAUAUUGCCUUUUAUCAUGGAGUCAAAAUAUGAGUAUUAUUAAUCGCCUAUUUAUCAUGCAGAAAAAAGCAGUCAGAGUUAUUGAAUUUCUUCCAAAAUAUUCACAUACAUCCACAUCUUUUAACACAUUACAUAUCUUAAAAGUAUAUGAUUUAAUCAAAAUUGAAAACUGCUUAUUUAUUCACAGCUGCCUUAAUAAAAACUGCCUCCUAUAUUUGAUGAAUGGUUUACUCCACGCAGUGCAAUUAGCAGUCGAUUUACAAGAAAUUCUUGUAGCGGUGCACUGAGUGUGCAAACAUAAUACAAAAUCCUAUAGUAAACAAUCCUUUAAAUACUCUGCAUUAAUGAACUGGAAUCAACUUCAAAAUAAAUUAAAAACAAUCCCUUUUUGCAAUAUUAAAAAAUAUACUCUCAAAACUAAAUUAAAAUACUACCUGAUACAUCAUGAUAAAUUAAAACAAUAAAUGAAUCGUUGGUAAUAAAAGAUUUAUGACAAUAGAAGUUAUAAGAGAUAUGAUAUAAAUAUGAAUGUUAAAUAAUAGCAACCUUAUGUGAAUGUAUUAGCUAGCUUGUUUUUUUUUGUUUGUUUUGUUUGUUUUGUUUUUGUUUUUUUUCGUUUUUGUUUUGCUCAUGGUCGCUCUCCUUGAUUUAGCCAGGCUAUAUGAGAGUAAACCAUCCAGAAUAUAGACUAUGCAUACUUUUUUUUAUUUAUAUUUCAUAACAUGCUUAUUGUAAAACAUCUAUAUUCUUGGUAAAUAUAUUGCCUUUUGUUAUUAUAUUCUUAUUUACUAUAUUCUUGGUAAAUAUAUUGCUUUUUUUUCAACAUCUAUAUUCUUGGUAAAUAUAUUGUUGUUAUUGUUGUUGUUGACCUUAAUAUAAUACAAGGGUUGAACUAAGAGAGCGAAUUACAAUUUUUGUAAAAAUAUCUGGUCUUCAAAGUUUCAGUUGAUGGAAAAUCAUGAAUUUAUGGAAGAGGCUUUAAUUUGUUAGGUGAACUAGCUACAAAUGAAACUUUGAAGACUAGAUAUUCUAUAACUCUAGACUUUUUAUCUAGAUGAUAUAUAGAUAAAUUAUGAUUAACUAGAUAGUUUUAUAAUUUGUGAUCGUUUAAUUUAACCGUUUUAAGAUAAUUAAAAUUUUUUUUCUUGUUAAUAAAAAUAAUUAUUUCUGAGUAUAAUCUUUUGACCAAUCUCCUGCUAAUAUUCUUGACUAUCAUUCAUAUGUCAUAUUUAUUAUUAAUUUUUCUCAGAAACAGCUGUAUUUCCAAUUGAACCGACAUUUUUUUAAAUAUAUAUAAAUAUAUUUUAUAUACAUUGUAUUUUUCGACAUUGUAUUUUUUAUUUUAGUUACAACAAUAAUUAUACUUUCGUAAGAAUAAUUAUACUUUUGCAAGAGCCGUAAAUUGCUCCCGUAAACCGUUUUAGGGGAGUGUAGGACGAAAGCAAGAGCUGAAGCUCUCGCUUCUCGCCGAGGCCUGUAUAUGUAUAUAUAUGUAUAUAUAUAUAUAUAUAUAUAUAUAUAUAUAUAUAUAUAUAUAUAUAUAUAUAUAUAUAUAUAUAUAUGUAUAUGUAUAAUUGUAUAUGUAUAUACAUUAUAUGUAUAUAUAUUAUAUGUAUAUAUAUAACUGUUGCUGCUAAGGAUCAACUUAAGCAGUAUUUAUUUGAGUUAUCAAAAUGUGUACAUUGUCAAGUUUGAACUUCUGAAAAGAGGCACCUAUUAAGUUAAUAGGUGCCUCUUUUCUUUUUCCUCUUUUUUGUGUGUGUUAAGACUUAAUAGUAUUAACCCACAAAAAACUUGGACGAAAACUGCUAAAUGACUCAAGUUUUAUUGUAGCGCAUCUAACCAUUUUGCAGCUGUAGGACACGAGGAUAGUGCUUUUAUAUAAGAUGUUUGUUUAAGUUCAACAAUGUGAACGAUUUAGAUUAAUCAAAUAAGCACUACGUUAAAAGAGGCAUGUUUUAAGUAUAAUGAUUUUUAGCGGCAAAUUGAAUGUUAUAUCUUAAUAUUUUUUUAUUUAAAGUAUAUUACCAUGCUGCAUAGAAAGCUUGAAAUAAUUAGAAAUUGUUUAAUAAUAUUUCUGUAAAUAACUUGAUCCUUUUCAGUGAUAAUUUAUAUCUGCAUAUAGUUAUUUUUAGAUCCCUUUGAAAAGCUACGGUUUCCACUAAGCCAUGCUGAGUACCAAAAACUGUCACUUGGUCUCUUGUGGGAGAUAAAAAAAAACUUCGUAAAUUGUAAAAGGAUAACCAUGCAAUAAAAAUGAUGGCAACGAUGGAAGAUUUUAAUGCCUUUGAAAGAGAGUUGUUAGACGAACAGAAACGUUCAAUCAUG